CGUCCGGUCCGGUCCGGCAGUUUGCCUGGAGACGAUGGGCACGUCGCGGCACCCCGCAAGCCUCACAAGCUACGCAAGUCGCAACGAGGCGUCGUGAGUGACGUUCGGACGCACGCCGACUGGCUCCACCUGGCUCUCUGGUCCCGACGCCGACGCCCUGACGGACCCGAAGGACAGGCCAGACACACCGCGGAGCCACGGGCACAGCCGCUCCGGUCCCUCCCAGUCCCUCCGCGAGGGCGGCACCGCGGCCCAGCCACAGCCACCAUGGCCCGCGCCACCGCCGUCCUCCUCGCCGCCGCAUCCUGGCUCGCUUGCGGUGUGCUGGGCGCGGAGCCCGAGUGGCAGAACUGGGAGAGCGACGUUACCGAGUCCAUGGGCAUCGGGCCCUCGUUGACGGGGUACCGGCAAGUCAGCCUGCGCUGCGCCGCCGACCACAUGGAGGUCCACAUCGAGAUGGAGGAGGACUUCGACGGCGUGCUGUACACGAGGGGGGCCUUCUACAGCCAGGAGAAGCCCUGCUUCCUGGACGCUGAGGGUGGCCGCAACUUCACCCUCAGACUUCCCUUCGCCAAGUGCAAGACGCGCAACGACGACAACGUGUACUCCAACACCAUCGUGGUGCAGUACGACGACGAGCUCAUCAUGCCGGGGGACGCCGCCUUCAAGCUGGAGUGCAACUUCCGCAAGCCCAAGGACUUCACCGUUUCGGCAGGGCUGGCCGGAGAGCCCGCCUCGUCCCGAAUAAGUUUGGAAGACGCCGAUCCGGCAGCGCAAGCAAAAUCGAAAGAAGCCAUCGUAACAGCGACCAGUGACUCAAGCAAAGUUAUAUUUACGCCAGACAGCGCCAAAGCUCCUCCAAAAGACGAACUUUGAAUCGCAGCCAAGCCGAAAACAAACAAGAACUUUGUUUGAAAUCAGUUUGCAUUCCCCCGCGGUCUAACAUUAUACGCAGAACUCACGACUGCCUAUAAACUAGGUCAUUAGACUGUACAACACCAAACGCGCAAAACGCAAUUAUCUCAAGUGUCUCACGAUGACAAGUCACGAACUGGUAACGGUCGAGAAUCGAGAAUCAACGCGCAGCACCACAGAAAAAGAGUUAAGGAAACCCAUGAUGAAACAUUUCAUGCGACCGAGUGCUGGAGACAGUAAGAGGUUAGACUGGCUCCACCACCGUAGAGUUUCGGUCAGGAAUAAGAUUUUAUGACAUGAACGAAUAGAAAAAUACCCCUACUUGCCUCUGGUAUGGCCAUGAUGAUGAAAAAACAUCAUAGACUCCCCGGAAGCAUGGUCACAUAGCACCCAUGUUUGCGUAACAAGGUGGUGAAAGGGUGCUGCGCUCUGACGACCUCAAAGGCAUGCAAGUUACCGCCUGGACUGCAAAUAAUCGGAAGGUUCGAAAUGUUGCGAGGCCGUGCUAAUUUGCUGGAGGACUUCGGCAUUGUGUAACCACGUUUAAAUCUUUUCAAUUUGAGACAUUUGUGAUUGUAGAAGUAAAACAGCAGAAAUAAGGCUGAGAGCAAGUUUUAUUCAAUUAUCAGAUUUCAGUUUUUUUUCUUUUAAUUUAAAAUUAAACAAUGGAGUAGCACAAUGUACAUGAUGAUUAACAGUUGAUUUACAGUGUCACACACAGAAAACAAUGUCUUUAAACAAAAGUCUUAAAGGCAACACAUUAAAAAAAAAUAACAACACAAAACAAAAUAUUAUUUGUUCACUACUGACUGUCCAUAUAUUGAACUUCAGAUAACAAAAGUAAAGUUUGGGGAAGAGGUCGUGGUUGAGGUGAUAAAACAGUCAUCAUUUGUCUUUCUGGAUCAACUUUAGUUCUGAAAUUAAAAAUCAAAUGUGAGUUAUUAAUUCAAAAUUAUCUUCCUAAAAUUUACAAUAAUGAAGACUGUGUACUUACACACAAAUGAAUCCAGCUACAUUGCUUUGAAUUACUUCUUCCUCUAAUGAAUUUGCAAAGCUUACUGCCAAAAUGUGAUUGAGAAUGCCCAUGCCUGGAUAUAGAAAAUAAACAUUAUUGCAAAAAAA